CCCUCCACGCGGCUGGCCUACAAGCCGCAUUCUAUAUCGACUGUAGACUUGCUGUUCGUUGCAGAGAGAUAUUUAAGGUCGCAGGAGGCGCCCAUAUCAAGCCCACGUUGGUUUCUUCACUCCCGAGCCAUACAUACUCCCCAAAGCUUCUCCAGCUACUAGACUCCUACUACCAGGGAUCCAGCCUUUGUCCGUCACUCUUCCAUUCAAGGUACUGGGUAACUCCGACGAGCCCACAAUGCCUUCUUCAAAGCCUUUAAAGAUCAAGCCUUCAGAAGUCGCCGCCGAUACCAAGAAGAAACUCAUCCCAGAGGUCAACAGGCAUUUCCGCGAGGAAUGGCCCCCGUAUUCCAUUCUCUACGCCCAACCACUGCUUCAACUCCAUCUCACCCGCCCAAGCUUCAUUAGCUCAGACCUGCCCAAGUUUUAUGUCGUCCACAGCGAUCCUGUCGACUGCGCCCUGGGUUGGGCUCAGACCGAAGGCGUUCGCAUCCCAUUCAUCUGUGCCGCGAACGAGAAACGACCAGGAGGCGACUGGGAGACUGGUGUAGUUGGCUACGAGGAGAGACUAUGCCGCCGCAGUAACCUGUCAGCAACACUCGGCACGCCCCAUCCGGAAUCCUACUCGGCGACCAACUACCCGAUCCCGAUCGAAGGGGCUAUCUACUCCCCUGAUGUCGUCCGCUUCCGCCAGUUCCAAGAUCGAAUCGAGUCGCUGGAUAUGAAAGACUGGAGGUCGCUCCCGGUCAUUUCCAUGCCGCCAGCAAGAUGGCCGAAGCUGACGGACCACGGAAGAAAAUACUCCUUCUCGGAGGAGCGCGAGCUGGUACGGAACAAGAUGCGAGCCGCGCUGCGCAUCUGCGUCUUCAACGGCUACAACCACGUGGUCAUUGGCGACUUUGGCCUCGGCAACGGGUACCGCAACCCGCCCAAGGAGCUGGCCGAGCUGUGGCGCGACGUUUUCCUCUAUGACCCGGAACUGAGGGGGCAGUUCCUCGCCGUCAUGUUCGCCUUCGAGGACGACAGGCAGUGCACGGCCAAGUACAUUCUCGACGAUAUUGCCAAGAAGACCAAAGGGAGCAGCAGCAGCAGCUCCUCGAAAAGCAAGUCCAAGAGUUCAUCGUCGUCAUCCGGCUCGAGCAGCAGCUCUUCCAGCCACAAAAGCGACUUCAAAAUCUUCAGCGAGAUCUUUGCGCCCAAUGAGAUCGCCCGAGUCCGAAGCCAGCCCGACCCCCGGUACGCCUUCUCAGCCAUUAUGGACGGAUCUUGACUGGCCUGCUCCCGACUCGUAUGCACUGAGUGGCCUGUCUCAGUCCCUGGUGUGCCCGGUAUGGGUCUCUGAGGCGGGAGGGGGCGGAAGUCGAGCGAACUGAGAGGGCGGCAUGCUCUUGGGGAAAACUUUUUGUCUUCCCGUGCGACCUGUCACAUCAAC